AUAAAUAUAGGACGACUUUGAACGGAUCUUCGUUCCAUCUCCUAUUCCGCGUUAUCAUUUUCAUCUCUUUUGAUUUUCUUCCAACGCGGAAAUGGGGAAGAACUGAAUCUAUUCUCACUGAUUUUCGUUUUCAAAUCCUCGUAAAUAGUCAAUUGUUAUCUACCCAAUUCAAACCCCAUAAAUAGUUAUUUUUAUCUUUGGUUAAAUUCAUUUUCCCGGGAAUAUUAAUGGGGACUCCGGCAUUUCCAAAUCUCGGGAAACACUGCAGCGUCGAAGUUUGCCGGCAGAUCGAUUUCUUACCAUUCACCUGCGAUUGUUGCCACCAGGUAUUUUGUCUAGAGCACCGGAGCUAUGGUAGGCACCUAUGUCCCAAAGCCAACAAACAUGAUGUCACCGUGGUCAUCUGCCCCCUCUGUGCCAAAGGAGUUCGCUUAAUUCCUGAUGAAGAUCCGAAUAUCACUUGGGAAUCGCAUGUAAAUAUUGAGUGUGAUCCAUCAAACUAUGAGAAAGCCACAAAGAAAAGGAAAUGUCCAGUACCCAGAUGCAGGGAACUCUUAACAUUUUCGAACACAGUCAAGUGUAAGGAUUGUGGUGUAGAUCAUUGUCUGAAACAUCGGUUUGGACAGGAGCACAAUUGUCCUGGGCCUAAGAAACCCGAAGCAGCUUUUCAAUUUAUGGGCUUUCUAAAUAGAAGCAGAAAGGAGGAGCCAAAGCAAGCUGCCUUCUCAUCUUCAUCAAAGUGGGCUACAAGCUUUCUUAAAGCCGCUGAAGCUGGAAUGGCACGUUUAAGCAGUGAAUUCAACCAGGUGUUGGGCAGGGACGGAGAAGGGCAGAGCAGCAGCAGCAGCCGUGGUGGGAGUGCCAGUGGGCAAUUCGAACAGUGUCCGCAGUGCAAUUUAAGAUUUUCAACAGUUGGGGCUCUGGUGGAUCAUGUGGAGAAAGUACACGAAAGGAAUGGUGUUAUGAAGGUGACAGUCGACGUAUGCCCCAAAUGUAGUAAAGGAUUUCGUGAUCCGGUGGCCCUCGUGGAGCAUGUUGAAAAGGAACAUGGUGGCGUUUCAAAAGCUUAGAUAGAAUUCAUUGUUGAACGAACAUGGUGGUGUUUCAAAAGCUUAGACAGAAUUCAUUGUUGAAAUUUGAAGAUGCAAACAUGGCUGUUCUUUUUCUAUACAUUUACAUUUUAUUAGUCUUAUGACAGAUCUCUGUUAAAUUUCGAAAUUUGUGUUUCCACCCUUUUUUUUAUUUUUUUUGGAAAAAUGUGUUAUUAAAAUCAUAUUGUUUUUCUAGAAUGUUUACUCAGUUGAAAUUGAAAUUAGGGUGAAUCU